AUGAAGACUUCCAAUUCCAAAAUUCAACUUUCAUUGGCCAUCACAAUGAUGAUUCCACCAAUAGUGGUCUCCUUUACUCCUCCCACACUACGAAGCCGACAAACGAGUCUUCGAACUGAGACAAGGCUUUCUACCCCCUUCUUCGACCGGAACGAUGGCAUGGCGAAUCGCUCCGAACUCGUGGAUGCUAAAGAUUGGAUCGAUGCUGCAGUCGCGUCUACCUUGAAAUCAGGCGGAUUUGACGAGUCUUCCUUCUUGGUGGGCAUAUUGGGUGACUUGCACAUAGAUCCUCGCAAAAUGGAAGAUUAUGAAGAAGGUAAAAACGAUUGGAAACCCAUUUUUGAAGCUGCCCAGCAAGCCCAUGGUAAUACUUGCCUUGUGUCGCUGGGAGACUUGGGGGAAUCAAAAAAUUGUGACCACAACAAAGACAACCCAGCCGAGCUCUUUUCCGGUACUACUUUGUGCCACGAGAUCGCGGCCGAUUUCUUGGGCAACGUCGCAACUGGGGUACCAUAUGAAGUGAUUGGCGGCAACCACGAUCUCGAGGGAAUUGACGAAUUUGCUACUGAUGAAGAGAACUUGGAAGCUUUCAUGAAGGCCCACAACAAGCCAACUCCUCAGUUCUGUCAUCAAGUGGCUGACAAGACCUUGUUGGUCGGAUUAGGAUCCACCGUCUUUCGAGAUGCCCCUUACACUUCUCAUGAAGUGAUCAUCGAUCAAGCCCAAAUCGAUUGGUUUGAAGAUUUGCUCAAGAACCAUCCAGCCGACGACGACUGGAAGAUCUUUGUGUUUACCCAUGCUCCACCCAAUGGAUCUGGACUAAGAAUCAUUCAAGAAAACCAUGUUGUCAAUGGCUGCUGCUGGCUGAACCAUUCGGAUGAAAGUCAAUGCAGAAAGUUCAUUGAACUUGUGAGAGAACAUCGAUGCAUCAAAGCCUGGUUCUCUGGUCACUUUCACUUGGGUCAAGACUAUCAAGAUUCGAUCACAUUCCCUACGAUUCCCAUAGAAGAAGGUCCCUAUCCUCAUCGAGGAUCCUGUGUCUUUGCCCAAACCUCGGUCAUGCGUAAGGGUACAUCCCGAGACGGCCGUCAACAAUCUCGAUUGCUAAGAGGCAACAAGCAUGGGUUCGAAAUUUGUACUGUGGACCACCAGGAGGGAGGAAAGAUUCGAUUAGACGCGACCAUUACAUACUCCGAUAACAGUAAUGAAGUGGGAAUCUACAUGCAUGACGACGCAGCUUACGAGCAUGACAAUUAUUUCAAGGUGUACCAACCAACAGAAGGCGAUUUGCAGUACGUUCGUGGAGCUGAUACCGACGAACAAAGUUCCAUUACCGAUGAUGAUCCAGUCACCAUGGACACCAAGGCUUGGUGGCGGUUAUCGAACAACAGAGUCUUGGGUGUCUUAAAUGGCAUGCUGCUGGAAUAUGAUGAAUCGACCUUGGCACCCUUGGGUUUGGUCUUGACCAAAGAAGAAUUGUUAGGCAACAGCAUUACCGUGGUGGACUCUGGCAUUGAAGAUUGCUUUACUGAAUUUGACGAUGCAAGUGAGGGAAUGGAAGGAGCCGAAUGCUGCAAGGAACGAGAGCAAGCUAUUUUGGUGCAUGACUUGAAAACUAAUAAUGUUACCAUUGCUCAGCCGAAUGAGGAUGGUUCGUAUUGGCGCAAAAUUGUUCGCAACAAGAUUGCUCGUAUGGAGGAAAAGCGACGAGAACAAGCUGCAAUUCAAUACAUUCAAGAGCAAGCUGGACUGGACGAUAAAGAUGCCAAGACAUCGAUUCAAUCGACCUGGGUAAGUGGCAAUGGUUAUGAAGAUCAAUUGUGUGCUGAUGCCUUCUAUCAGAGUCUAACUUUUGUAUUCAUGAAUCAACAGGGACCAUACACGUCGACCUCUGGAAACGCGCUGUAA